UAUGUUUCAGUUUGGGUUUUGAGCUGUGCUCGCAGUCACACCUCUAGAUUUAAAUCAAAGGCAAUGUUACAGCUGCUUUUUAUCGUGGCUGUGGCUUUUACAGGUUCAUCUGAUGGAUUUGGUGUGUUACCAGAUGGUCCUCUAAAUGCCUCUGUUGGAGGGACAGCAAUGUUCAGAACAAACCUGAACCCAACAGAAACACCAUUUCUGUCGAUCAACUGGCACUAUGUUGUUGGUUCAGGCACUAAGCCCAUAAUAACUGUACUGCCUGUUUCAAACAUUACUGCACCAGGAUAUGAAGGUAGGAUCACCCUCUUCAUAUCUACUGGAUCUCUAGAACUCAAGAAUCUAGACUUCAGUGAUAGUGGAGAGUACGGUGUCUUCAUUCAACCAGCUGAUGAGGACACAAAGACAGGACGCAUCACACUGGACAUAUAUGAACCAGUCUCCGAUGUAAGAAUCUCCUCACUAAGUACAGACUUGGUUGAGUUCAACAGUUCGGUCCAUCUCUCCUGCUCCUCCUCUGGAUCUUCUCUCUCCUUCAUCUGGAUGAACAGCAGCUCUGAUGUUACAGCUGGUGACAGAGUUCAGAUCACUGAUGGAGGAUCAAAUCUCACUAUAAUCAAUGUGACCAGAUAUGACCGGGGAUCAUACAGGUGUCGUGUGUCUAAUCCUGUCAGUUCUAUCAUCAGUGAUCCAGUAAACAUCUCUGUUAGUUAUGGUCCAGACAAUGUUCAAAUAGAAGUGCGUCCAUCAAAGCAACACCAUAAGAUUGGGUCAGACAUUAGUCUAAUCUGCUCUGCUGACUCCACACCUUCUGCUGAAUUUCUAUGGUUUCUGAAUGGAGACCAGCUGUCAAAUACUGGACCAGAGCUCAGACUGAUGAACAUUCAGACAAAUCAGAGUGGAGACUACAGCUGUCAGGCCUUUAACAGCAAAACUCUGAGAUAUCAGACAUCUCAGCCUUCAGCUGUUUUUGUACAUGAACCAGUCUCCGGUGUAAGAAUCUCCUCACUAAGUACAGACUUUGUUGAGUUCAACAGUUUGGUCCAUCUGUCCUGCUCCUCCUCUGGAUCUUCUCUCUCCUUCAUCUGGAUGAACAGCAGCUCUGAUGUUACAGCUGGUGAUAGAGUUCAGAUCACUGAUGGAGGAUCAAAUCUCACUAUAAUCAAUGUGACCAGAUAUGACCGGGGAUCAUACAGGUGUCGUGUGUUUAAUCCUGUGAGCAAUGCCAGCAGUGAUCAAGUAAACAUCUCUGUCAGCUAUGGCCCAGAAAAUGUAAGAAUAUCACAAUCCCAAAAACAAUAUGAGAAAGGGUCGGACAUCCUCCUGUCUUGUUCGGCUGACUCUAGACCUCCUGCUACGUUUCAAUGGUUGAUGAAUGGACUCCUUCUACCUAGUUCCGGAUCUGAGCUAAAACUCAUCAAUAUUCAGAGCAAUCAGAGUGGAAACUACAGCUGUCGGGCCUUUAACAACAAAACCUUAGUUUAUCAAACAUCUGAAAUUAUAACUAUCUCUGUAGCCGUUUUAGAAAGCAACACCCUACUCGCUGGAGCCAUUGCAGGAAUUGUAAUUGCGUGUUUAGUAGGCACAUCUCUGAUUGUUUUUGGAGUGUACUACAUACUUAAAACAAAAAAAUGUAACGGAAAUCCCUCAAAUAGAAGUACUUCAACCAUAACAGGAGGGGACAGACGACAUAAUACAGCAAGCACUAAUGAGGAGCUGAACUAUGCAGAUGUCAAGUUUUCUAAGAAUAUAAAUAAUGGGAAAGUCCAGCGGGGAAUAGAGAGCGACUCAUCAAACUAUGCUGACAUUAGAGUGAACAAUAAUUAAUCUAAAGCAUUGUCCCCUCUCUACUAUGAUGUCCACAUGCAGCUGUAACCAAAAACAUCUGACUGCUUGGCCUGAAGCAAAGCAUGUCAAAACCUUAUACUUAAAUAAACAAAACCCUAGAUGCCAGAGCUGGCCGGUGUUGGUUGG